AUGUCUCAUCGAGGACCAGCAUGUACGACGUGUCGGGAAAAAUGUCGCAAGUGCGACCGGACCAGGCCCACCUGCAAUCGUUGUACCUCAAAGGGUCUCGUAUGCAAAGGAUACCCUGACAAGUUCCGCUUUUGUGGGCUAGCCACGAGGGGGAAAUGGAAGAACAAAUCAGCUCCUACGGUGACACGUCCAUCUGGGCAGGACUGCCCGCCGCCACCGCAGCAGCAGCGGACAGAAGUGCCACAAAUGUCGACCUUUGUGCCUUUUGACAUUAGUACCCUGGUGGAUGAUCAACAGCAGAUUCUUGACAUCACCUUAUCUGAUCAUGCCAUGAGCCAAGAUUCACCUUCAGACCUCUCGACGGUAUGGCGAUCCCCGGAUCACAGGGCAGUGGAGCUUGAUGAUUUGUUGAUGCUGGAUCGAACUGAAACACUUCUCAGACACUAUGAUGAGCAGAUUUGUCCUCAUCAAAUUGCACUGGCAGCUGAUGGAGCACAAAAUCCAUAUAGGAAAUUCAUAUUGCCAUUGGCCUAUGAGCAAAUUGGAUUAUUGUAUGCCGUGCUAGGCAUCACCUCAUUUCAUCUGGGGACUGCCAAUGAAGAUAGUUACCUGCGAGAUACGCUUGCCGUCGUAUACCGAACUCGAGCUAUACGGUCAUUGGCUGAUACCAUUGAAGCCGGUAUCUCCGGCAAUAUACACGAAAACGAGCGUGAUGCACUAUUUGCGACAAUCCAGUUGCUUCUCCUCCAGGAUAUCCAUGAAUCCGGGAUAUCCAGCCAUGGCGUACAUAUCACCGGAGCAGUUUCCAUCUGCAAGCAAUUGAAAUUAUUUGACAACUUGACGAAGAAUGACGAAAGAGCAAUCUUCUUUUUGGGGAAUCUCGCGUGGCUAGAUAUCAUCCGAUCAUUUGCAAAUCCGAGCCGCCUGUGCUUUUCUCAAGAGCUCCGUGAGAAAUUAUCCUCCUUGAGCAGUAUCGACUUCGAACAGGUCAAUGGAUGCCCGCGUAAACUGUUCUUACUCAUGGGAACUAUUCUUGAACACGGCAAAGCGCACUCUUCAGGGGGACUGGACGAGCUGAAAUUCCAACAACUACUAGAAAGUGCCCGAUUCGAACUAUAUGCAUGCAAUUUGGAUAAUGGAGAGUACCCGGAUAACGACCAGCGAUGGAUCGCGGUUGCUGAAGCCUUUCGACAUGCGUGUAUACUGUACACCUCUCGCAUUAUAGACCUGACCCAGCCCGCAGAAGCAGCCGUGAUCCAGCACUCAGUUACAGCAAUUCUAGAUCAUGUGGCUGAGAUCCCUGUCGAUUGUUAUCUGAUUGAAUUGCUCGUCAUGCCACUGUUUAUAGCGGGUGCAGAUGCUCUAUCAGCCCAUGCUCGUCACUACAUCUUAAUGCGAUUGGACAAUAUCAAGGCCUUGGCUGGGGUGGGGAAUGAGCUGAUAGGGAGUCUUCUGAAAAAGGUGUGGGAUGCUCGGGGAAAUCAGCAAAAGCAUGACAGGAGCAAUAUUCCUUGGAUGUGGUUUGUAUGUGUUCAACACGUCUUGAGUGAAGUCUCGCUAACUGUAAUAGGCGCGUGA